CGUGUUUUCUUUUCUCUUUUUUCGUGUUUUUUCUCGCUCUCUCCUCGAAAAAAUGAGCCAAUCAGCCAGCAUGUCCAGCCGGAUGGCCAUGGUGUCGCGGUCGCGGUCGUUGAUCUCAAGCUGUCGACAGCUCGAAUCUGGAGGCGCGCCCAUCGCCCAGAGCUCCUCUCGUCCUCUUCUUCCUCGUCGGCCUCGGUCCCGAUCUCGGCCUCCUCCUGUUGCCCCUUCCGCUCCCCGUGCCCCUGUGGGUUUUCGCCCUUCUUCGAAGACGAAUGAGGACACGUCACGGGCGAUGGCUGUUACAAGCUGGUCGAGAUCUGCUCUGUGGAAGCGAGCGGCAAGACCGAAUUGUCGUCUUCGGGGUCGGGAUCCCACUCCAGGUCGUGGCUUUGGCGGCUAUGGUGGACGACGAGGAGGAGAAGGCGGAGAACAAGUGAAAGAGGAAGGAUGCUCUGCGUGCUCGCCGCCGGCAGCCGUGCUGGUGCCCGCCGGCGACAACGAGGCAUUUUUGUCCUCGUCCCACUUGGCGGUGAUUGGCGGGAAAGCCAGUGGCUGUUCCCCGCUGCCACGUGGCAGGCUGUACGACCGCCGUCCUAGUGUCGUAAGUCCUGAGACGGCCAUCGCUUGUCGCACGGGCUCAGGGCCGUGGAACGAUCAAGUCGGGACGUGGACGGUACACAAUCCGUCCCUGGCGCCUCCUUUGGUCCGUGGCGUGGGCGGAUUGUCCUGCGCGCCGAGCGCGACCUCGACUCCGCCCCUGUCAUCGCCGUCGGGAUCGGAAUAUGCUAUCACACGUGGUCGAGAUGCCAGGAGACGAGGACUCGUGGAUGCUCCUCGUGAAGAAUUGUCCGGAGGAUGGAGCUUGUCGGCGCGCAGUUCUGACUUCCGUUGGUGGUUUUUGUGCUCAAUGACGAGGCGGCACGUGUCGAAAAUCGCCGCAGGCAAGACUUUGAGUGUUGUGGAAGAAGAUAGCAAAGCAAUUCUGAAGGAGAGGGUUGAUGCGGAUAACGAAAAUGCCCUGGAGGAAGAUGAAGCAGAAGAAGACGAAGAUGACGGCGAUGAAGAGCAGGGAAAUGGAUUGAUUGCAGUUGAUCCUAUUAAGCUGUGCACGGCAUUAGAUCUUCAAGAGUUGGAAGAGCAGCUGGAUUAUGCUGGAGAGAGCUUGCACAGUCUUGUGCAGGGGUUGAGUGCCCAAGGAGAGGAAGCAGAAGAUAAGAACAGGGUGGUUUUGGGAAUAGACCCUGAUGUGGGCGGCGCCAUCGCAGUUUUGAGAACAGAAGGCCAAGUAAUCAAUGUGGAGGUGCUAGAUAUGCCUUUUGUGCAAGUGAAGGUAGGGACAAGGCUUCGACGACGCCACGACGUAGCGGCCCUUGUUCAGCUUGUAUCGGCGAUCAGCUUUCCCAAAGGAAGCCUUGCAUUCAUUGAGAAAUCAUCACCAUUUCCAAAAGAUGGAAAACAGGGAUGGUUCAGCACCGGCUUCGGAUAUGGUGCAUGGCUUGGUGUGCUUCACAGUGCAGGCUGCACAGUCAUGCCUGUCCCGCCGAGGGCUUGGAAGAAGAGCAUGGGCAUCCUGGGGAGGGACUUCACAAAGGAUGACAGCAGAGCACUGGCAGCAGAACUUUUCCCCUCUAUUGCACUCCAGGUCAAGCGGAAGAAGGAUCAUGGACGCGCUGAGGCGUUGCUGAUUGCGGCCUUUGGACAGAGUUUGUGUAAAGGGGACAAAGGGGAAGACAAGUGAAACAAGUGUUUGAAGGUUUUGUACGACACCUGGAAAUUGGCACUGGGAAGGAGUAUCAAUUUUUGGUUUAGGGUUUUUCGAUCCGCAAUUCACAGUUCACAGUGAUUUAUUUGCUCAUUAGGCUGUUCAAUAAGGAGGUAUGGGGACGCUAGGAUUAAGGAAUCAGAGAUUUAUUCUGAGCUGCCAUGUUGAGAGGGUAUUCUUCUUUCUUCUUCCUUCCGUGAAGCUCCUUCCUUCCUUCCUUCCUUCUUCUUCUUCUUCUUCUUCUUCUUUUGAAAGGGCAACGGUCUUGAGAUAUCGUCAUCGAGUUG